AUGGGAGGCAAGAAAGGUGGCGAGAAUACUAAGAAAGUCGCAGGCAAUGCGAAGAAGGCCGAUGCAGCUGCUAAAAAGCAAGCACAAGUUGACGCCAAAACCGCCGCAGUAGAAUCAGCCGAAUGGCAGAAAGGUGCCAAAGAUGCGUCAAAGAAAGUAGACGCUGAAGCAAAGAAGGCGGAAGCUGCAGCAAAGAAAGCCGAACGAGAUCGACUGCUAGCUGAAGAGGAGGCUUCACAACCUUCGAAACCAAAGGGCGCCAACAAGAAGACUGCCGAGAAGAAAUCCAAAGGCACACUGGAUCUAGGACAACUAGACGACGAGCCCGCCACCUCGAGAAGCACUACCCUGAACGCUUCCGGCAUUGACAACGCUUUGGAUGCCCUAGCCUUGGCUAGUGACUCCAACGACACGAAACUAGAAAGGCAUCCCGAAAGACGGUUCAAGGCUGCUUAUGCCAAGUUUGAAGAAAGAAGACUACCCGAAAUUGAGAAAGAGUAUCAAGGCCUGAGGAAGAACCAGCGUGUGGAAAUAUGCAGGAAAGAGUUUGAGCGAAGUCCAGAGAACCCCUUCAAUCAGGUCGGAAAUGUGCGAUAUGAUGCUUCCAAGGAUGACCUUGCUGCCGAGAAGGAGCGCAUUAGAACCGGUGUUGAGACGAGGUUGGGAGAGAAAUGA